AUGCGCGCCAUCUUCAGAGCCACAAAACGAAUGCCUCCGGGACAGCGGAAGACGGCGGCGAUCGUCGUGAUCGGUGAUGAGAUUCUGAAGGGCACGACGAGAGACACGAAUUCGCAUUUUUUGUGCAAACGUCUACAUAAGCUGGGUGUCAAUAUUAAGAAAAUCGCCGUCGUUGGAGAUGAGAUUUCUGAAAUCUCUCGUGAGGUUCAAUCAGCAUCCAGCGCUUAUGAUUAUGUGAUAACGAGCGGUGGUGUUGGGCCAACUCAUGAUGAUAAGACUUAUCUAGGACUAGCUCAUGCGUUCACCGAUCAACUACACUUUUCCGACGAGAUCCGUCAAGCGGUGAAUCGCUUCCUGCCCACCUACAUCGAUAAGAAAAAGUCAGAAGGCGUGGAGGAGGGCAUCGAGGAAGUUGUGAGAGUGGUCACAGAGAAGUUGUGUACGAUUCCCAAAAUGUCCCAACUGCUCUGGGGAACCCAAAAAGUCGAUGGUCGUGUCAGCACCUUCCCAGUGGUCCGAGUAGCCAACGUCGUCGCCCUUCCAGGAGUCCCGAAGUUCUGUGAACGAGCAUUCGAUGAGCUUCAAGACCAACUGUUCCCAGUGGAAGAACGCCAGUCAAUGUUCUUCGACACCAUCUACACGGAUCUAGAUGAAUUCGAUUUUUCUAGAAGGCUAGCAGAUGUGGCAGCUAGAUUCGAAGAGCAGAACGUGCAAAUUGGAAGUUAUCCGGAGCUCAAAAACAAGUUUUUCAAAACGAAGCUCACCAUCGAAACCGAGUCGUCUGAAUCGAUGGAAGCGGUGCGGAUUGCGUUGAAGGAGCUUCUAGUUGGACAUAUCGUGUAUUAUGAUUCACACGCGUGGACAGAUACUGUAGCCAAAUGGAGAGCAUUCAAGAAGCGAGAGUUGGUGGAGGCGAAAAAUGUGGACUUUGUUCGGAAAUUGGAAGAAGCCGAGAAGAUUGUUGAGGAUAUCGUGGAGAGAUAUCCUUUGGAUCAGAUUGCAUUAUCUUUCAAUGGAGGCAAAGAUUGCACUGUUUUGUUGCAUUUGUUGCGGUUGAAAGUUGAUGAAAAAUACGGCGCUUCAAAAGCUAUCCAAGGAUUCCACAUCAUGGUAGAAGACCAAUUUCCAGAAGCCACUCAAUUCAUCAUUGACGCGGCGCAGUUCUACAACAUCCAAGUUCUCGAGUUCCCCGGUCCAUUAAAAAUCGGACUGGCUGGUCUCAAAAAGCAGCGUCCAUCGAUUAUCCCAGUGCUGAUGGGAAGUCGUGCCACAGACCCAAAUGGAAAAUAUAUGAAGACUCCUGUGGAAUGGACGGAUUCGGAUUGGCCAAAAGUUUUGAGAGUGUGCCCUAUACUUAACUGGACCUAUUCAGACGUUUGGCAUAUGUUGAGAGGGUUGUGUGUUCCAUAUUGCAAGCUUUAUGAUCAGGGCUACACUUCGCUUGGUGGCCGUGACAACACUGUCAAACAUCCAGCACUUCGGAUAGUGGCUUCUGAUGGAAAAGAGCAUUAUCUGCCGGCCUACAAGCUGCACAAUGAUGCAGAAGAACGAUCGAAUAGAUCAAACUUGUAG